GCAAGCCGAUCUUCCUUUGGGUCAAGACAACAACAACAACAAUGGCCGCCGAACAGGACGAGGACCUCCUUGAUAACUGGGAGGAAAUUGACGAAAACCCGGCUGUGUUGGAGAAGCGCCUGGAGAAGUUGUCAGUAAAAAAGGCCACAGCAGAGGUGCCCCUUAUGCCGACCCAGCUGGUGUCCUACGAGGAUGGCCCCCGCACGCCCUUCACGUCCCAGGAGCCCAAAAUUAUGAUUCUUCGGCGCCCCCAGGAGAGAAGCCCCUCGUCAGCUGCCAACGGUAUUAUAAACUCAAAACAAAAGCAGCCGGUUAAAUCUUUAGAGCAGCGGCAGCAGGAGUAUGCGCAGGCCAGGCUGAGGAUACUGGGUGAUGCCGGGAGUGCUGAAGAGAGUAAACCCAAGCCAGUGCAGCAGAAGUCACUAGAGCAGAGAGAGGCAGACUACGCAGCUGUCCGUCUCAGAAUUAUGGGAUCGUCAAAGUCCGUCGAGGAACACAUGAUGUCUGGCACACCCACCGGAGUCCCCAGCACCACCCUGAGCCCCCCACACACCCACCUGGCACCCCAGAGCAGCAGCGUGGGGGUGGUGAGGUGUCCCCGCGGCCCUGACGGCACGGCAGGGUUCGGCAGGGGCAGCGGGGGAGGACAGAGGUAGCAGAGGUUUAAGGCAGAGCACCAUUGUUACCUUCCACCACCACCACCACCGCCACCACCACCGCCAGCACCACAUGACAGGCAUAGGAUGAAGUAUUACUGCUGUUGCCUUUUUGACAGUGCGGCCGGCUCCCCGUUUUUGCUGUCACCGCUCUGUCUCUUCCCUGCCGCCCGCCACAGAAGUUUUUGUAUGACUGAUGUGGAUGAAUUGAUGGUUUAUUUAUUGAAAACUAACUUGUGUGUGUGUCUGUGGUGAGGCAAGGCACUGGAGGGGACUAGGGAGGCUUGAUACGCCAAAAUGGGUCUUGUUCACACUUGCCAAGAUAUUCCCACCUGGUUUGUGUGUCUCUGUGAAGGCUUGUGGUGUCCCGUGCCCUGCGUAGGAGAGUGGGGCAUCCUUGGGGCAUCCUUCUGCGCCUGCCUGUGUCCCGUGGCCCCCAGUGGUAUGCAAAUGUGGACUGAGAGAGGCUGAAAGGCUGGACUCAUUGUGUUUUAUUGGCAAAAUUUUGAGCAGAAGGAGGAGCAGGAGGAGGAGGAGGAGAAGAAGAAGUUAAGUUUGAAAGCUGAAAAAACAGACAUUGCUUUACAGUUUUAUUAGUAAUAGUUAAAGAGGAGGAGGAGGAGGAGGAAGAGAAGGAGGAGGAGGAGGAGACAAGAGUGAUGUUUUUGUAUUAAUGUUUUAUUGGUAACGAUUGGAGGAAGAUAAGAGGAGGAGGAGGAGGGAAAAAGAGAGUCAUUUUUAAGUUUGAAAGCUGGAAAUAGCAAACUUUGUAUUAUUGUUUCUUAGCUUAUAGGAGGAGGAGGAGGAGGAGGGGGAGGAGGAGGAGGAGGAAGAAGAAAAGGAGGAGGAGGAGGAGGAGGAGGGAAGAGGGGCAAGACCAGUAUAAAAAAGAGGGACAUUCUUGAGUUUUUAUCAAUUUGUUCCUCUUGUGUCCAUUUUAAAGUGCUCUGCCAUGACAAGAACCAACACACACACACACACACACACACACACACACACACACACACACACACACACACACACACACACACACACACACACACACACACACACACACACACCCUGCUUUCACCUUUCCUCUCAGGGUGAAAAGGGUGAUUGAUGUAUUUUAUCUUUGUUUCAUCUUUAUUACAUCAGCCCCUCUUCUCCUUCCUUCCUUCCUUCCUUCCUUCCUUCCUUCCUUCCUUCCUUCCUUCCUUCCUUCCUUCCUUCCUUCCUUCCUUCCUUCCUUCACUGCAUAGUUUCACAGCUUCUGCUUAUUUUCACGUGUGCAGUGGCGUGUUUAGGCAUAGGCACUCUGGUUUAUAGGCCUAAAUGUUUAUGAGUAGGCCUGGGUUUCAAAGAUUAUUAUUAUUUUAUUCCCAGCCAGGUCAGGUCAUAAUGUUAAAUGUCACGCAGAGGUCAAUAUGGUUUGCUCCUGUUCGUGUUCCCUCCACAUGCCGAUGGCCACUCACCAGGCAGCCACCAGCCAGACCAGUGCCGGCUAGGGUGUGUGUCCCAAGCACUGUGCCAAAUAAACGUGCAGGAACUUACGUCACAGGGCUGAAAACUGACUCGUAAAUUUAUAAAACGCAGCAGUAGGUUAGUCAGUGCGUGAGGUGACCCCCAACAGGCUACACUGCUGACCUGCCGAAGAUCUGAUGACCCCUGACACCUGGAUGAAUGGUACUAUCAUAAGGGUAAAAGCCGACUGUUUAUCUCCUUGUUUAGUCGAUUAGAGGGGUCAGAAUUACCCUGAAAACUUGCACUCAUGUCGCCAACCUCUCGGCGUUUUGUCAACCCCAGCAUGUCGGUCCUGAACACGCCAUGCACAUGACGAUUCAUACGUUUGUGUGUCUUUUGUUGCAGUGUUUCUCUAUUCUAUCUAUUACAAUCAUUUUUUUUUAGCUAUCUCUCUUGUAUGCUGGAAUUUCAACUGUUUUAUGAGAGUGUGUGUGUGUGUGUCCCUGGCUGUGUGGCAUCCUGUGAGACAUGUAGGACUGUGCAAGUGUGUGGGAGUCCUUCAGGAUAUGUAGGACUCUGGAGAAGGUGUGGAGGUCCCUUAUAAAAUGUAGGAUGGUAAUAGGAUCUGUGAAGGACAUUUGGGGGUCCCUCAGAAUGCACAGGAGUCCUUGAAAGAUGUAUAGGACCUCUUUUAAGAUGUGUAGGACUUGUGGUGGUGCAUAGGACUCCUGCAAGUGGUGUGGGAGAUCCUGUGAGGCAUGUAGGAUAUCUGGGAGUCCAUCAGAUUGUGUAGAAGUCCUUGAAAGAUCUGUAGGACCUCUUUGAAGAUGUGUAGGACUUGUGGUGGUGCAUAGGACUCCUGCAACUGGUGUAGGAGUCUUGUGAGAGUCCCUAAGGAUAUGUAGGACUGCUGUAGGGUGGUAGGACUCUCAGGAUAUAGGAUAUUGGUUACCUUUGUGUCAGGGCCCUCAGUUACACACCACCACCACCACACACCACUCAAGCCAGAAAAAAAACAUCAAAUUAACAACUUUUUCCAUGAAUUAUUGUCAAAUGGACUUUUUUUUUCCUAAUUUUUUAUAACUUUUUUUGUAUGGGUUGAUUAUGUGAGGUGCUGGAUGUGUGUGUGUGUGUGUGUGUGUGUGUGCUGGGAGGCUGUGAAAAGCUUUUAAUUGACAAGAUGCUGACAACCUUAUGAGUCUGUUCCGUUUCUCUCUCUCUCUCUCUCUCUCUCUCUCUCUCUCUCUCUCUCUCUCGUUUUCUUCUUUUUUUUUUUUCCUGCAUGUUAACCCUUUCGUUGUCAUGGUUGUCUGUGAUAAACAUUCAGAGCAGUAUGAAAAUAUAGUUUGUAAGAAUGAGGCUAAUUUUGCGUUUUCUUUGCUACUAAACUAAAUAAUGUAUUAAUGGAAAAAAAAAAAAAAAUGAAAAAUCGCAAGAGAUCGUCAGAAUUGUUUAAAAGUAUAAUUUGUAUGGAAUAUUUAUAAAGGAAAAAAAAAAAGAGUAAGAGGUUUAUUUUGUAUUUUUUUUUCUAAGCUACUAAACUAAAUAACAUACUUCAGUUUAAAAGUGUGAAAAAUCGUAAGGAAUUAUGAGAAAAAUGUCAGAGCAGCUUAAAAAAUAUAGAAAAAAAAAAAAAAAAACGAAUAGGAUGUUCAUUUUGUAUUUUUCUAACCAUUAAACUAAAUAACCAGUUAACAAAAUGUAAAACGUAAAAAAGUUAUGGAAAUAAAAUGUCCGUUUAAAAAUACAGAAAAAAAAAACGAAUAAAAUGUUCUUUCUAAGCUACUAAAUUAAAUAACAGUCCAAAAAAUAAAACUUCGUAAGGAAUUAUGGGAAAAAAAAAUCGACUUAAGCUUGAAUCAUUACAUCUAGCGUAUCGUGAUAACUGAUCCUGACACAACCAGAUAAAAUAGACAAUAGGGAACAUAAAUAUAAAAACCCCUUUAAUAGACAACAUGAGAGGGUGAAAAUAGAUACAUUAACUCAAUAAUUCAUAGGAGUCAUAUAGCAAAACAUUAAUAGAAAACUUUUUUAUUACUUUUAUUACUUAUAUCUAUCUUUAUUUCAUUUAUUUAUUUUUUUAAGAGGUAGUCAAUAUUUUGUGAGAGGAAGAAGAGUAGACAGGUGAGAUGAGAUAAGAUGAACAGUAAUAGUCAUGAUAGUAACGAAUAGUAUGUCAGGUGUGUGUGUGUGUGUGUGUGUGUGUGUGAAGGGAGAAAUUUAAGCUUUGUUGAGUUUGAUUAUAAAGAUGAAAAGUGUAUACUCUCUCUCUCUCUCUCUCUCUCUCUCUCUCUCUCUCUCUCUCUCUCUCUCUCUCUCUCUCUCUCUCUCUCUCUCUCU